AUGGCAGGCCCAGUGAACAUCGUCAUGGUCGAUAACUACGUAUCUCCUCAGCAGAUGCUGCCAUCUGGGGAGAUCUGUUACCAGGCAGCGCGGAUGGCCUGGAGCCCUUUACAUCCAUCGGAGGUUCUGGUGGGUCCAUGCUGCCCGCCGUCAGACUAUCCAACCCCGCACCACGGGGGGUAUGCUAUGGGGAUGCCAGUCGAAGCUCCCACCCCGCCCGCGCACCUUGCCUACAAUGAGGCGUCGCUGGUUAUGCCCGCACCCCGCAAGGCUGUGGUUGGAAGAGUCGAGGACGUCCUCGUACCUCCUCGACCGCAAUGGCGGCCGACUCUAGCUGAGCUAGAGGGUUCCGAGGGUUAUACCCUCUACCAAACAACAAUGAAAUCAAGAAUGAGUGCUCGCAGAGAUGCCUCCGCGGACAGCAUCAUCCCCGAGGCUGUCAAUGCGUCUGGCCGAGGGCGCUCCCUGGAGCCUCCUCAACAGGUACAAGAAUUGGAGGACGGUAUUCACCAGGCCGCACACGGCGCUGCCCGCCCUAGCUGCAACGAGUGUGAUGUGCAAUUCCGUCACGCCCACGAGCUGUGGCGGCAUCUGCGCGAAACAAAGGCGCACGGUGGGGCCAGGUUUCGGUGCAAUUCCUGCAAGAAGGCGUACACUCGCAAGGACGCGCUCACAAAUCACAAGAGACGAAAGCACAGUGUGAUAUAG